CGGCUCCCGCUCGACGCCUGCCCCGCUCUUCGCCGCUGCCAGCGCAGCCCCCUCGCCCGCCCGAGCUCCGCCCGCCCGCCGCCCCACCUCCCGCCCGGGUGCCGCCGGAGCCGACGCGCCGGGCAGCCCGGCGGGCGGGCGGGCGGCCGCCACCGCACCAUGAGCGCGGAGUGCAGCAGUUACCUCAACGCCGACAAGGUGCUGGUGAGCGGGUUCAUCUGCCCGCGGACGGGCGGCGACGCCCGCGCCGUGUACUGCUGCGGCUUCCAGGACGUCAAGUACUGCUGCGAUGACCCCCACAGCUUCUUCCCCUACGAGCAUAGCUACAUGUGGUGGCUCAGCGUUGGAGCACUCGUGGGACUGUCGAUAGCAGCAGUGGUCCUCUUUGCUUUUAUCAUCACUGUGUGUGUUCUCUGUUAUUUGUUCAUCAGCACGAAGCCACGCAGCAAACUGGAUACUGGUUUAAGCUUACAGAUGGCAGACAGUGAGACUAGAGGGAGUUCGGUAUGUUGAAAAACAGAGGCACUGGAUGGAUUCUACCAAUGCUGUAACAAAAAUAGAUACAGAGCUGCAUCCUUCACAAGCCCCCACCGAAACAAGCUGUUGACAAAGCCAAGUGGCUUCAACACAUUUCCUGAGCCACAAGGAUGAACUGUGACUGUGAGCCCCAAGAACCAGACUCACUCUUACAGAGGUGUUUCCUGGCUAAUACAGACGCUGUUGAUAACCAGAGGCCCAUCUGAAGCUGUGCCAGUAUUACCUAUUUGUGUAUGGUUACUGUAUUGAGACGUAGAGUAUUUUGAGUUGCACAUACCGGCUACUGCUGCUCGUCAUUUUUGUGCAAAUUGUUGUCUUUACCCUGUGCAGUUCCAAUGAGAUAACACAGUUGUCAAGCAGAGCAGAAUUUGGCACACCAUGUUGACCGAGCUUUAUUUUGAGCUUUCCCUGUGUGCCAUCUAAUGUUUUGUCUUCAUGCCAUGAAUAUGGUUGUCUUUAGCCAAAUGUGAUUGUUCAGUGCACAAACAUGUGAACGCAGUACCUCAAUAAAAUCUGGCAUUUGUGUUGUAUUCUUCUUACUUUAUCAUUUCCCUCCAUCUUUGUUUCCUCAGAAGAUUCUCACAGAUCUUAAAAUUAAUUUGAUGGGAGAAUUUUCCAACAAAGUGAAGUUAGUAAAAAGUGAAUUUUUGUAGGGAAGUUUUGAUUUCAAUAGCUGUUUUCAUAGGGAACAGUAAACACUGAAAUUAAUUGAAAUAAACAUCCACAAAUGUUUUGCAGAUUCUACAUCAAAAUAUGUUGAAAUAUUUAUUUUGAACCAAACUUUAAAAAUUUUCCAGUAGCAUUCCAGGUUGGAGCACUAAUUUGUGAGGUGUUGAACUUCCUUCACGUAACUAAAGAGCCCUAAUCUCAUGUUUCAUUUCCCCAGAAAUCUUAGGAACAACCAACAUAGUCUUAACUGUCAUAUUUCAGAUUUCAAGUCUUUCAAGCUUUCAGGCUCCAAAUUGUGAACAUUAACGAUAAUGAAUUUUUUUUUUGUCUUGUGAGGGUUCUUUAAGAUCAGUCAUGAAAAGAAUUUCUAAAAUAUUUAACCAUGCUGUUUAUGUGAAGGCAGUGGACAGAUUAUAUUUCCCAUUUGCACAUAAAGCCUAAAAUACUUCCCUACCAUGUCAGUUUUGUCUCUGGUUAUACUUCAUCUUUUUAAGACCAGAUCCUUGUCUGCUGUUUGGGAGUGACAUCUUUCUGCAUCAUAGUACUUGAAAUUCAAAACCCUCCAAGUGCUUCCAAUCUAAGCUACUCUUAAGUCACAUUACUUGUGUGAAAUAAUACACCAGUGCCUCUGAAAGAGAUAGCGAAUGUGUAGAACUGUUUGCAUAUAUUCUCUCACUAAACUGCCGUUUGCUACUGUGGACUUGUAGAAAAUUAAAACCACAGUGGAUGCAUGAAGAAAAUAUUUUCAUAACAGUAGAGCAUAAACCUGAUCUUCCAGUCUCGUAACUUUCUUGAUUGGAAGUGUCAAAGAGGUAAAAGGGAAAAAGAUUUAUGAUUUUUGCCAUCUGGUUUCCUUUGAGGAUCCCAGCCCUGAGAUGCACAUUCUGGAAGUGUAUGCUUCAUUUUAAACCACCGAUAGGAGACUUAAAGAACAUGGAAAAAAAAAGAGGAUUUAAAUUAUUUCAACUUCAUACAAACUUGAACCAGCACUUCUGUAAUUUUUAAAUUUUAAAGUAGUAAAAGAUAUUCUAUUCUAUUUUGAAUCUUGCAGAUAAAAAUAUCUUUGGUUUUCCUCUCUUGGGCAAUUUCUAAGUAUUUGGUUCCUCAAGCGAGGAGGUUAUUUUUCCCUCAUAUAUUGGACUUCUUAUUUGUUUUGAGUAUCUUAAGAUGCCAGAGUAACAGAAGAGUAAAACCAGAAUGCAAAAAAAUGUUUCCAGUUCUUCGCCUACAUCCAGUGCUGGUUUAUGUUUUCUGGUGCUGUGUUAGGAAAAUCCAUUUCUUUGCCCUUUUAACGAGUUAUUUUGUAAUUGAGGGUUUCUAAAUGUCACAAAAGAGUACCUCCCACGCUGGUUUGAUUAGGGGAUUCAGUACGCUGCCCUUAACAGCUUUCAAACAUAAUGUGCAGUUGCAAUAAGGGUGGCUCCCUGUGCUUAAUAGACAUAAUAAGGUUUAAUGUACUUGUUAGGCAUAGCCCUAAUUUUUGCCCUGAGAACAUUUUAGGCCUAAGGUGUUUAAAUGACCAUAGUAAAGCAAACUCAGGGCUGUUCUGCUACCAUCAGCCAUACAGAAGCUAAUAAAACUCCCAGGAAGUUGCUAAGAGCGUUUUUUAUUGUUUUUCAAAGUUGAGGAAUUUUUCUAAUCGUAAGGGCAAAAUAAAAAUGGGAGAAGAAUUGUGUAAUUGUGUGCAAUAGGCCUCACGGGCUGUGGGGUAUGGAAAGUGAGCUUUGUGUCUGUACGUUUACAGAUACCAGCAGAGCAGGACAAGCAGCAGCCCCUGCUGGUUUCACUGGGACCAGGCUGGCUGGGUCCCACUGGUAGUUCUGGGACUGACUGUGCCUUUCUUUGGAGUCACGUUGGCAGAAGUGGCAGCUCACCCCAAAGUGGCCUGCCUUUCUCAUCCCUACCGUUCUCUAGAUAUUUCAGUAUUAAUAACUGGCUAUUCACUUGUAAUCUUUAAUCUGACUCUGGGUCUAAGUACAAAAUAGCAAAUGAAUGGUCCCACAACAUCAAUCAAGUCCCUAAUGACUUUCAUAAUUAAUCACCUUAUUUAAGUAUAAUUUCUGAAAGCUUUGGCCUUUGCAAUUUCUAAAUUAUGGAAGAAAGACCAAAGAAAAUUCACAGUUUUACUGAAUGAAAAUAAUGUCUCUUAAUUGUUUCCCUAACAUGACAAA